ACCAAAAAAUUAGAUUUAUUAUGAGCUAUUUCAAGCUAUUAUUCAUGUUAGAUUUCGAUUUCACAUAAUGCCAAGACACAUCUUUGAUAUUCUUUGACACAUGUCCAUGAUGGCAUUUAUUCAACGACUAGCAAGAAGUCUUCGAUCAGCUCGAUCAGUUCAGUUGCCGGAUGAUGAGGAUGCUGCCUAUUCCAUGCUGAUGUCCCUGGUGAUUGCUGAUAGACACAAGACGUUGUCAGAGCUGAUUUCGAAUUCAGAAUUUGACAUUAAUCACAAAACAGACCGUGGUCACAACACCUUGCUUCAUCAGGCAGCAAACAUGGGUGCAUAUGAAUGUCUGUGUGUUCUCAUCAAGAAAGGCGCAGAUGUCAAUGCACAGGACACCUCUGGAAACACCGCACUACACCGGGCGGCAAAAAAUGGGCACAAGAAAAUUAUAGUGAAGCUCUUGGAGAAUAAAGCAGACAUCAACAUACAGAACAACGAAGGGUUUACCAUGGUUCACUGGCUGGCAGCCAAUGGGAGACAUCAGGUGCUGGAGGAGAUUGCCAGUCUCAUUGGUAACCUGGAUAUAGAGGACACUCAAGGUCAGACUGCCCUGCAUGUUGCAGCCCAAAAUGGGCACAUUCCAACAGUUGAGUUUCUACUUAAUAACAAAGCAGACAUCAACAAAGAGACAAGCUAUGGGUGGACGCCACUCCAUUUUGCAAUAAGUCACGGCCAGCAUGACACAGUAAAGUACCUGCUGGUUAGAGGAAUCCGUCUGUUAACAAGGAGUAAAGCUAGUCCCCAGAAUCCACGCCCAACAGUGCACUCAAGGAAUUCAGAGGCUAGGAACCACCUACAUGCUAAGACGCCACUGGAGCUGUGUGUGGAGGGGGGCUAUUCUGAGACAGUAGACUUGUUACUGAAGCAUUGUCCUGUGAUGUAUCCACAAUUAAUAGAAAUAGUGACCUCCAGUACAAUCAGUGAAAUUGUGGUAUCACGGCUAUUGGGGCACCUGUGUAAUAAAAAAGGGCAACCAGACAUGACAGAAAAGCUGCUUCGAAGCAUAGCCGCUGCCGUGUCACAUUUAGGCCACACAAUUUUGAGUGCCUCGUAUGAAUCCAAGAUGGAGGAAUCGCACCUGCUACGCUGUGUGACAAUCCUCUCUAAUCUGCAGACGGCCAUUGCAAAUUCUUCUUUUGGCUUGAAUGAAGAUGGGCUGAGGCAAGCUUUAGAGCCCCUGUCCCAGCUAUGGCAGUUACUAAGGGACUGGAUGGCCAUACUUGGUGUGGAGUAUGAGAACCAGGGGGACUCCUGUCUGAUAGAGAACUUGAGGUUGAGAAGUAGCACAUCGUCUGAACCUAGUCCUGGCAUCCAUGACAACAAUGAUGGACAUACAGAGGCCACAGGUAAAGAAUCCCCGAGACCUCGAGCCCAGACGGAGGUCAAACGUGGCCCCCCACUGAUAGAGGUCAUGCCACCCAAAGUCUGUUCAGUCAUACAUGCCUACUACCUAGUCUGCAGUUAUACCAGAGCUUCAACAGUGUUUGCACAAUUUGUGAGAGAUCAUAUGGCAGUGAUACAAGCCCUCAUUCUUAGAAACCCAACUCUGAUAUUUGAACAUCUUCACUUCGUUCUGGACUCGCCAGAGCUUCUCACAUCUUUCCUGUCUGUGAUACACAAACAGCCAUUUGAGUUACGGCGCAAGUGGUUUUAUGAACAUAUCAGCAAGAGAAAGGAUGCUGAGAGUGUCGCUAUGGAAACCCGCCAUAGUGGAGAUCCUCUCAUAGUGGACAGAGGCACAUUGUUUCACAGCAGCUGCAGCCAACUUCUGGGCAAGAAUCCUGAAGACUUGAAGCAUAACCUCAGUCUGCAGUUCCAAGGAGAAGAAGGGAUGGGUCAGGGCGUGGUCAGAGAGUGGUUUGAUGUGCUAUCCAGGGAAAUCCUCAAUCCAGACUAUGCUCUCUUUACUCAGUCAGCUGAUGGCUGCACGUUUCAGCCAAACAGCAACUCGUCCGUGAAUCCGGACCACCUGAGUUAUUUCCGGUUUGCAGGUCAGUGCCUCGGGUUGGCGCUGUACCAUCAGCAGCUGAUCAGUGCCUGCUUCACGCGCUCCUUCUUUAAACACAUCCUCGGUAUACCAUUGAAUUAUAGAGAUGUUGCAUCUAUUGAUCCUGAAUAUGCACAAAAUCUGCAGUGGAUACUAGACCACGACAUCACUGACCUUGGCCUUGACCUGACCUUCAGCGUGGAGACCGAUGUGUUCGGGGUCAUGGAGGAGGUGGAGUUGACACCAGGAGGGAGCACUCUACCAGUCACAGAGGAGAAUAAGGCCGAGUAUGUACAGCUAGUUACUGAACUUCAAAUGACACGAGCUAUCCAGCCCCAGAUCGACAACUUCCUGGCAGGAUUUAACCAGUAUGUGCCGCAAAAGUUGGUCAGGCUCUUUGAUGAAUAUGAACUGGAGGUGCUGUUGUCAGGGAUACAGAAGAUAGAGGUGGAAGACUGGAAGGCUAACACAGUCUACACUGACUGUGAUCCUGCAACACCUGUCGUCCAGUGGUUCUGGGAGGUGGUAGAGGAGUUCUCAGACAGGGAACGGUUUCAGCUGCUGCAGUUUGCAACCGGAAGUUCAAGGCUUCCAUUUGGAGGGUUUGGUAACCUUAGAACAGACGGGCAGACACAGCAGUUCACCAUCAGUCUUGUACCCUAUACACCUGGCCUCUUACCUACUGCCAGCACUUGUGUGAAUUUCCUCAGGCUCCCAAACUACCCUAGCAAGGCUGAGACUCGUGACAGACUGCUGGUAGCUAUAGAGUGUGGUAGUCAAGGUUACGCUAGGGCAUAAAGGAGGACACUUUUAGAAAAUUGAAUAAGGGGAUCCGUGGUCUAGUGGAUACACUCUAGUGCCAAAACUCAGAGGUCGCAGAUUGGAUCCCCUUGCUCAACCUUUAUCUACUAGCUUGUCUGAGAUGUUUAAUCUUAGUACAGUGCACUAUGUUCUUCACAGCUGAAUAUUUAAGUUCCAAGGUUGUCUCUGGAAUGGGACAUCUCCUGUAUCUCGCAUUGUCCCUUGUAACCAAACUAACAAGUCUUCUGAAGAUAAUGCACCAAAUAAAGCGCUUACUAGGUUAGCUCAUACCCCUGGGCUACAUAUCCAUUGAUUGCAGAUCUGAUCUCUGGCGCGGCCUCAUAACGUUUGUGGAUAUUGGUCCUGAAAUCUUUUGUACAGCCUUGUUCCCCUUACCUCUGAUUCAAGCAGAUCAGUUUUAUGCCCCGCUUCGAAGAAGAGGCGGUAUAUUGCUUUGCUCAUGUCAGUCUGUCUGUCGGUCCGUCCACCAGGUGGUUGUCAGAUGAUAACUCAAGAACGCUUGGGCCUAGGAUCAUGAAACUUCAUAGGUACAUUGAUCAUGACUCGCAGAUGACCCCUAUUGAUUUUGAGGUCACUAGGUCAAAGGUCAAGGUCACGGUGACCCGAAAUAGUAAAGUGGUUUUUGGAUGAUAACUCAAGAAUGCAUACACGGCCAACAGGGCGAACUCUGAACAAUAUAACUGAAGCAACUGCUCUGUAAUCCUAAAUCUAUAAUUAUCAGUCCAAUGAAACAUCAUCCUUUGCGUAAAAUAGAGUGGAUCAGUAAAAAUAUUAUCAGAAUAUGAUUUUUUUUGUAUAUUUUGUAUAUUAAAUAUUGUGUUAAUGUUUAAUUUUGUUGAUUAAUAUAAAUAUAAGCAGGACAGGGGAGGUAAUACACUAUUAUAUCUUUCUUAUAUACAGGGGAAACAAAUGCAAUAAGUUAAAAUUUCAUGUUUAAUGAAUAGAGGAUAUCACCCCCCCAAUUUUUUUUUA